AUAUACACCAAAGCCUGCAUGUGGUCUCUCUCUUUUCCUCCUCAUCCUUUCUGAUUUUCUAUCUCUUCCUGCAAAGAAAUGAAUCGACUUAGUAUCACAGUGGUCCUGGGACUACUGGCGCUUGGGUGCGCUCAGCUCAGUAUACGCCAGCCCGAGUGUGACUCUCCUGAGGCGGAAGAAGCCGCACUUGCGGCUCAGGAAUACCUCAAUGGCCAGCACACUCAUGGCUACAAAUAUGCACUUAACAGGAUUGAAGAUAUCAAGAUCCUCACUGAGGUCGAUAAAGAUGACAUCUAUGUUGUUGAAGUGGACCUUCUGGAGACGUACUGUCACGUGUUGGACCCCACUCCUGUUGCUAACUGUACAGUCCGACCCAAAAGACUCACUGCGGUAGAAGGUGACUGUGAUGUGGUUCUGAAAAGGGUUGGAGGAGUGCUGACCGUCACAGCCUUCAAGUGUAAGACGGAAGAAUCAACAGAGGACCUCUGUUUGGGCUGUCCUACUCUCCUUCCACUGAACGACACCGGAGCACUCAACUUUGUGCGCACUUCUCUGGCAACCUUCAACAACAACACAGUCAAAACAUUUUCUCUGCUUGAGGUCGGAAGGCUGUCGACACAGAUUCUCUCUGGUGGACCACGCUAUCUGGCAGAGUAUGUGAUCGCUGAGGCUAACUGCACUAACGACGUCUGCGUGCCGCUGAAUGAUGUUAUGGCUAGUCACGGUAUUUGCACUGCCAAUGACCUGGGAGCUGGCCACACAGUUGACUGCAAGAUGUUUGCCAUUAUGGUGCCUCCUCAAGAUGCCAACAGCACUGGGGUUUCUCGCACAUUGCCAACGGUCCACGUGCACACACAAAACAUGACCAGAAAGCAUGGUCUGAGACACCACAAGCUGACAUCUCUCCACGACCCGCAUGUUACCGGGCUUCUAUCUUCCGAGUCGGCAUCAGAAUCUGCUGAAGUGGUGUCGGUAGCCACCCCUGCAACUGUUCCAACUGCUGACACAUCAUCUGCUUCAGUCAGUGCUGAGGUUCCCCUCGCAGUGGUUAAGAGAAAUGCAUCUGCCACAGUUACAGACCCAGUUCCCCUGAUGCAACGGUGCCCUGGGAAAGUCAGAUUCUUUUGAGCAUAUGAGAAUAAGCCGUAUUACCUCUAAAAGGUCCAACUAUAAGUAACGGCUAUGUUUCCAUGUUUUUUGUUUACAUGGCAUUUAACACCCGCUACUCCUUGGCUUGAAGUGUCAAACUGAAAAUGACACCUUGUCAUUUUAUUGUAAUAAAACGUUUUAUGAAA